CAAUCCGCGCUCGCCCCCAGCACCAUUAAUCGCCAUGCAUUAUUCACAAUCAUAAUUACAGAGCCCCAUGCGCGCUCCGCGCAGCCGCCCCAGCACGCCGCGCACACCCCACUGCACCGAGCACACCCCACCCGGCUAAUCCCCCACUCGCUCACCCACUCACCCGCUCAUUCACUCACUCACAGUUUGGUUGGCUGGUUAGCGUAGCUUUUUGUUUUUUGUUUUUUGUUUUUUGGUGGUUGGUUAGUUGCCUUUUCUGUUGUUGUUUGGUUGGUUUUGCAACUCGCCUUUUAUUUGCGAACAGUUAUUUCCAGCCCACACCCCCCUUCCCUAGUACCCAAUUCCUCCCCCUUUCCACCUCCACGUCGCUGAUGCCUCUGCAAAAAGCAGAGUCAAGACGGCUCAGUUAGCAGCAUGUCUCGUCGAAAGCAAGCGAAACCCCAGCAUCUCAAAUCGGACGAAGAGCUACAAGCGGAGGUAGUUUCUGAGCACGCAGUCCCAGAAGGAGCCGAUGAUGGUGAUAGUGGGAACGAGAGCAGGAGUGGAAGUGAAGAAACCAACAUUUGUGAGAAAUGCUGUGCCGAGUUCUUCAAGUGGACGGAUUUCCUGGAGCACAAGAAGAGUUGCACUAAAAACCCCCUGGUGCUGAUUGUGAAUGAAGAUGAAACAGCUCCUCCCCCCACUGAGGAGUUCCCCGAGCCCUCGCCUGCUAGCUCUCCUAGUGACCAGGCAGAGAGUGAAGCCGCUGAGGAAGGUGCCCAGGCAGAAAACAAUGAUAGCUCUGAGAUAAAAACCAUGGAAAAGGAAGAGGAGCCAAUGGAGGUAGAAACUUCUGUGGAGAAAAUGUUCCAGAAUCAAGGCACCUCAAACACAGCUACUUCUCUACCUCAGAUCCCUGAACCAUCUUCCAUGACAAGCUAUAACAUGCCAAACACCAAUGUCACACUAGAGACUCUGCUGAGCACUAAAGUGGCAGUCGCGCAGUUCUCGCAGAGCGCACGGACCACCACUUCUGCCAGCAUCAGCAGUGGAGUGACGGCCGUGGCUAUCCCCAUGAUCCUGGAGCAGCUCAUGGCCCUGCAGCAGCAGCAGAUUCACCAGCUUCAGCUGAUCGAGCAGAUCCGCAGUCAGGUGGCGCUGAUGAACCGCCAGCCACUACGGCCAUCCCUGAACCCGGUCCUGGCUGCCCAGGGUGGUCCGGGCCAGGCCUCCAACCAGCUGCAGGGGUUUGCCACCAGUGCGGCCAUCCAGCUCACCGCAGUCAUUCCUCCUGCCAUCAUGGGGCAGGCCGCCAGUGGUCAGCCUGCUGCCUUCGACAGCUCUCAGCACAUCUCAAGACCUACAUCUGGAGCAAGUACACCCAAUAUAUCCAGUGGUGGCUCUUCUGCCCCGCCCGAAUCAAGCAUACCCUCCUCCUCAAAUGCAAUUACGUCCAUAGCUCCCGUUUCUGUGUCAAACAUUCCUAACAGUGCUUCACAGCCCCAGAAUGCUUCGACUCCACCUUCAAUAGGACAUGGAAGCCUCACCUCAGUGUCCAGCCUGCCAAACCCACUUCUACCUCAGAGUUCCUCAAAUAGUGUGAUCUUCCCCAAUCCGCUGGUUAGCAUUGCUGCAACUGCUAAUGCGCUAGAUCCUCUGUCCGCCCUUAUGAAGCACCGCAAAGGAAAGCCACCAAAUGUGUCAGUGUUUGAACCCAAGUCAAGCUCUGAGGAUCCCUUUUUUAAACAUAAAUGCCGAUUUUGUGCCAAGGUCUUUGGAAGUGACAGUGCUUUACAAAUUCACCUCCGCUCGCAUACAGGUGAAAGACCUUUUAAAUGUAACAUAUGUGGAAACCGCUUUUCCACAAAGGGCAACCUGAAAGUUCAUUUUCAGAGGCAUAAAGAGAAAUACCCUCAUAUUCAGAUGAACCCUUAUCCUGUUCCAGAAUACCUCGAUAAUGUGCCCACCUGCUCUGGAAUCCCCUAUGGGAUGUCACUGCCGCCCGAAAAGCCGGUCACAACCUGGUUAGACAGCAAGCCUGUUUUACCAACUGUCCCGACUUCCAUCGGGCUCCAGCUGCCCCCCACUAUACCUGGUAUGAACAGUUAUGGAGAUUCUCCAAGCAUCACUCCCAUGGCCAGGUCACCCCAGAGGCCUUCUCCUGCCUCCAGUGAAUGCACUUCUCUAUCCCCAAGCCUGAACACUUCUGAGUCGGGUGUUCCAGUGUCUGCCGAAUCCCCACAGCCCGUUCAGAGUGGCUCAUCUCUGACAAAAGCAGAACCUGUUACUUUGCCUCCCACGAGCACGCGGCUUGGGGACCUUUCUGCAGGUGGGCAAGUUUCCACAGCUUCCACGUCUUCAAUUCCUACUGCUGUUACGGACAGCAGCGUUGCAACAAGCCUCCCAAACCCUGUGCUUCCAGCAGUGUCUGACCAGUUUAAGGCAAAGUUUCCAUUUGGUGGUCUGCUAGACUCUAUGCAAACGUCAGAAACCUCAAAACUACAACAGCUAGUGGAGAACAUUGAUAAGAAGAUGACAGAUCCAAAUCAAUGUGUUAUUUGUCACCGUGUGCUUAGUUGUCAGAGUGCUCUCAAGAUGCAUUACAGAACGCAUACAGGAGAAAGACCAUUUAAAUGCAAAAUUUGUGGACGUGCCUUUACUACAAAAGGCAAUCUAAAAACGCAUUUUGGAGUUCAUCGAGCAAAGCCACCACUUAGAGUACAGCACUCGUGUCCCAUUUGUCAGAAGAAAUUUACAAAUGCGGUUGUUCUUCAGCAGCACAUUCGUAUGCAUAUGGGUGGGCAAAUUCCAAACACACCGCUACCAGAGGGCUUCCAGGAUGCCAUGGACUCAGAGCUUUCCUAUGAUGAGAAGAACGUUGACACACUGAGCAACUUUGAUGAUGACAUUGAUGAAAAUUCUAUGGAAGAGGACCCAGAGAUAAAGGACACUGCAAGUGACUCAUCCAAACCCCUUAUCUCUUACUCUGGGUCAUGUCCUUCUUCACCACCUUCUGUGAUCUCCAGUAUUGCUGCUUUGGAGAAUCAAAUGAAAAUGAUUGAUUCUGUCAUGAACUGUCAGCAGCUGACCAGUUUAAAAUCCAUAGAAAAUGGAUCAGGGGAAAGUGACCAUUUGAGCAAUGACUCCUCGUCGGCCAUUGGCGAUCUUGAAAGCCAGAGUGCAGGCAGUCCUGCAAUGUCAGAAUCUUCUUCCUCCAUGCAAGCUCUGUCUCCUGUAAAUAGCAAUAGUGAAAGUUUCAGAUCAAAGUCCCCAGGUCUCAGUAACCAGGAAGAACCACAAGAAAUACAAUUAAAGACAGAAAAACCAGACAGUCCACCACCAGCAACUGAAAAUGGAGGCGCAUUAGAUCUGACAUCCACCAACCCGGGAAGACCAGUCAUCAAAGAGGAGGCUCCUUUUAGCCUGCUGUUCCUGAACAGAGAACGUGGUCCCAGCCAAAGUACUCCUAGCCUGGUCACCAGUACAGCGCCUACCAUGAUCAAAAUGGAAGUGAAUGGUCACAGCAAGCCGAUCUCUUUGGGUGAGGUUCCCUCGCUUCCAGCUGGAAUCCAGGUUCCUGCUGCACCACAAACAGUGAUGAGUCCGGGGAUCACCCCUAUGCUGGCACCCCCCCCUCGCCGGACUCCCAAGCAGCACAACUGUCAGUCGUGCGGGAAGACCUUCUCCUCAGCAAGUGCACUGCAGAUACACGAGCGCACCCAUACCGGUGAAAAACCGUUUGGUUGCACAAUCUGUGGUAGAGCUUUUACCACAAAGGGGAAUCUUAAGGUUCACAUGGGAACUCACAUGUGGAAUAACGCCCCUGCACGCCGUGGCCGCCGCCUCUCCGUGGAAAACCCCAUGGCUCUGCUCGGUGGCGACGCACUCAAGUUCUCAGAGAUGUUCCAGAAGGAUUUGGCAGCUCGGGCCAUGAACGUUGACCCCAGUUUUUGGAACCAAUAUGCUGCUGCUAUCACUAACGGUCUGGCUAUGAAGAACAAUGAGAUUUCUGUCAUACAGAACGGAGGCAUUCCCCAGCUCCCAGUAAGUCUCGGCGGAGGCGCCAUCCCGCCUCUCAGUAACCUUGCCGGUGGCAUGGACAAAGCUCGCACGGGCGGCAGCCCUCCCGUUGUGGGUCUGGACAAAGCAAGUUCUGAAACAGGAGCCAGUCGUCCAUUCACCAGAUUUAUUGAGGAUAAUAAAGAGAUUGGCAUAAAUUAAAAGCAUUCAUUCCAAAUAACUGUUAGACCACUACUUGACAAACACUUGUCCUGUUCCAUGUACAGCUUUUGAAGCUAAGCAUUAGUUUCCUGACCUAAAUGCAUAGGUUCCCUUUAAAGUUUUACCCAUAGCAGAAAUACAUAACUUUGUGGCUGCUGAAAAGUCGUCUUGCAAGAUCUGCAUGGUACUUCUUUCAACAGUGAGUUUGACUGUUACUGAGAACUUUGAAACCUUUCAAUUUAACAGAAAACAAACAAAUCAUGGGAUAACUUCAUUAGAAAGAGGCUAGUCUACAUCCACUGUGCUUCUUACAAAACUUACUAUCACCUGAGAAAGGGGGGCUUCAUUAUGGCAUUCUGUCACACUUUUUUGCUGGUUUUGUUCAAAUUAGUUAGAAACUUGGACUAUGUUUUUAGGAAUCUUAAAUAAGUGAUUUAGUACCCCAAUGCUGUGUAUUAUUACAGUAUCCUUGUCUGUAGUAUUUAUAAUGUUAAGAUUAUGCGGGUAACAGACAAUAUACUAGCCCCAAACUUAAAUGAAGCUUUUGUACUGCAAAAUACACCUGGCUAUGUGAUUUUUUUUCUUUUUUUUUCUUUUUUUUUUUUUCUUUUUUUUUAAUCAAGUUUUGUUUAUUAUAAAUAAGUGGUUUACUUCAAUGCAGGCAAAGUUGUGAAGUUUUAUCGGGAAAGAUAGCAUGCUUUUCAUGUGCAAGUACCUGUCAGUAACAAACCUUUUUUUUUUUUUAUUUAAGUAUUUGUAGCUGCUAUGUGGACAGUUGUUCUAUUAAAUGAAAAAAAAAAAAUGUAGUGUGGACUUUAGCUCAGUGAUUGGAAAACAAGUUACAGACAAACCUUAACACCAUAAAUUAUUCACAGCAUUAUAAAGAGUUGUGAGUAAAUACUCCAUGUUAUCAAAGCUGUACAAUAAAGAGGUAAUGUUUGUAUAAUGUGGUUGCAAACUCCUAAUUUAUACUGUUGCACUUUUAGUAUUUUGUAUUAGGGAGGUUUGUCUAUAAUUUGAAGCUGAACAAAGAUGUAAACUAUUUUAUAAAUAGUACUUUGACUUAAGGAAUAAGGGGGAGAACCCUGUUGCAGUUUCUUGUUUUAAGGUUGAAGAAUGAGAGAUCUCUGUUUAACUAAGCAGAAAAGCCGCAGAGAACUUAGAAAAUAUAGGGCCUGCCAUUUCUUAAAUGGAAAUGAUUCAUUUAACUUUUCUACAAAGCAUACUUAAAAGCGUGACCACCCACCCCUGACAGAAUUCUGAUACAUUUAUCUUAGGAGUGUGAUAUUAAUACAAGCCUAGGAUAGAGGAAGAAUAACAUUGUGUAGGUUUAAUUUUACUGUAAUCUGUUCUGUCUCUUUCACACAUACCCACAAGAAAGAUGUCGACUGCCUAAUAACACAGAAGCAAAAUAAUAACUUCUGGGCAGCAUGAGUGGUAGUAGUGUACAAAUAUUCUGCAUUUCUUUCCAACUCCUGCUGAUUAUCUUCUCAGAUUGCUCCAAAGCACAAUGUACUCUGAUUAAUCAAAUAUAAUUUUAUGUUGAUGGCAUUGUUUAAAUUACACCUAUUAAAUAAAGGGAAUGGUUCCACUCGUAAGCUAGGCUGGGGAUGCUGAGGAGACUGGGGCUUAAUCAAAACUUGAACAGUAAAUGUUUUGCAUACUACCUCAUUUUUGUGCAUUACAAGCAUGGUGGAGUUGACACUAUGAACUUCCAUCCAGCAGAAUUGCUUGAGGGACAUUAUGGGUAGCUGGGUAACAGCACAAGGAGUUUUAUGCCCCUGAAUAAAAAAUCAGACAGUGAGGUCUUCUCAGUUGAGACUGAAAAAUAGGACAAUCUUUCUUAUACAACAAAAAAACAUUACUGUAAGAGGAUGGAUUAUUUCUGCCAUCAUGUAAUGGAGAGAAAAGAUGUUCAAAGACUUAUUAGCUUUUUGUUUCUAUUGGAAAUGAACAAUGAACUCUACAGCUCCAUUUUCUACAGUGAUGAGAUUGAGAUAUAUAGAUAUAUAUAUCUAUAUAUAAGCAAAAUGAUAUAUCUGAAACAUCUCUACAAUAUAACAUCUUUUUUGCCACAGUGUGUGGGUGGUUAGGGGUGUUUCCAAGCAUUGAAAAAAAGAAAACUGAGGUGGCUUACUGUUGCUGUAUGUCAGCAAUUGAAUGUUUUUAUUUAUCUGUGUCAUUUUUGGUGUGACUUUUUUUGUUAGUAUUUGAUACCAUGUAGUGUUAUCUCUGUUCCCUAAAGGAUGUGUAUAACUUCAAAAAAAGAAAGAAAAAAAAAAAAGAAAAAAAAAUGAAAAAGAAAAAAAGAAAAAAAAUAUGUAAAGUGUUGUAAAUAAGAUGGUUGAUGAUGGUACAGUAAGACUGAUCCCAUUUUUUAUUCAGGGUUAGGUUAUUCCUCUCUGCAUGGUGAAGAGAGACACUAUUUUUAUACUGCGAUACCAUGUAGGGCUAGGAGCCUCCCUGAACCAGCUGGGAAUUGUUACCAAGAUCCAAUAUUUUUUAUUAUUAAAUCUUGUUGGCUUGACACAUCUACUGAUUGAAAUGGAUGUCUUAGUCUAGGUUACUAUUUUUGUCAUAUGGAAUUGAAUAAAAUGCAGGAUGUAAUAUUAUUUCUGAAUUGCGUUCCUUGAUUAUUCUAAUAACAGAGCAAGAUAGGAGACUAAGGUCACUUGUGGUAGAUUGGUGUCAAUGACUUCUAAUCGUCACAUCUGAAAAUUGGAAUAAGGUCGACACCUUAUAUUCAAAUGCUAUUCUAAUAUAUAUUAACUGUGCAAAGGGGUAGAAUUAUUGAAAUAUCUUUUCCAACGAAAAUAUAUUGUAAGAGCAUUUCUCACAAGACAGUAGAAGAAAAAAUAUUUUGGAGAGGGGAAAUAGCCUUUGGAAGGACUACUGUUUCAAAUUGACUGCUUUCUGAACAUUUAUGUGCUGUCUACUAAAAAAUCCUCCUUUUCAUGUUGUUUAAACAUCUGCCUAAUAUUCACAAAUUUCUCAGGAGCAGUUCAAAUUCUAAAAUACAAAAAAAAAAAAAAAAAACAAGAAAAAAAAAUUGACAACUCGCAUCCAUUCAUUCCAAAUGACAUAACCUGUACAUUUAAACCCAUAACUUUGUUUCUUCUCUUUUUCCAAGACCCUAAUUUAUCAGAGCGUGUCUAACUUUAAGCAAAUUAUUUUUUUCACAUCGAUUUAAAUGAAAGUAUUUACAUUCUUAAGGUUAGGCAUGUGAUUAAGUAUCUCCUGCAAAAAAGCUGUAUGUUUGAGUAACCUUUAAGCUGUUAUAAUCCAGUGGUGAAUGCCUGCUGCAUUUAAAACAGACAAAAGAUAAAUAAAAGAUAAAAAUCUGUAUUAAUCAUCUUUCAGUGGCCUUGUUAUGAAGAUACUUUGUUUUAUAAGACCUACCCAAAAAAGGUAGGGAUUUCCUCUGGUGACUCAACAAAGAUUUGUGCUUGUGUUCUGCAUGCACAUCCCUGAGGCUUGCUGAGAGAAAACCUGAUAUGCAAAAGAGAAGGAAAGCAAAGGAGUGCUGAUAGUUACAGUUCUGUUCAAAACACAAGAGGAAAAUUACUUGCCUUCACCUCCUCCCCCCGCAAAAAAAGGAUGAAAGUAGAAUGGUAUCUAUUUUUAAAUAUGUAUGGGUUACUUUUUUUAAUUAUAGGAAGACAUUAAAUAAUAAAAUGUGCUACACAGAUAAAAAUGGUCCAAGUCUGCUUGAAUUGCAGAUGUUAAAAAAUAAAGCCAUUUAGGAACUCGGUAUAAUUAGAAAAAUUGCUGCUUAUGAUUUUUUGAGGAGAGGGAGAGGCUUUCAAACACUUAUAUUUUUUCCGUGAGUUAUUAGAGAACAUUUAUGACAAAUGAUUGACAUAACUACUUCUUUACCAUUUUUUUUCUUUUGUAUAUACUAGCCUUCAAUAUAUUACCUGCUCCUUUAACUAUUUUAUCCUUUCUAUCUUGGCUUUACUUUGUUCUGCUAAAGCUGCAUUUGUGUUGGUUUUGUGCUACCUUUAAUUAACUACUCUGCCUGUGCUCUGGAAGGCACCAUGUUUUACUUUUUUCAUUUUUCUCUAAUGCUGCAUAAGUCAAAAGAACUGUCUGGUUUUUUAUAUCUAGGUAUAACACUAGCAUAAUGAAUGACGAAGUCAUCAGUGAUCAGGUAUGUGCAUAGCUCACAGGAUAUGGUAACAAACGUGCCAUUCAUUCUCCUUCCGGAAGAAGGCAUGAAGUUUGUUAAUGUUGCUGGUAUAGGGCAGUCACAGGUGACCCAGGAGGAUGGAAGUUCUGAUCCUAAUUUCACUGCGCCUGCCUAUACACCACCAGAAACUCCAUGGGCUUCAGUGGAGAUACUCCAGGUUUAUACUGGUGCAAGAGGAACCACUUCCGGGUUCAGAUGUCUUGCUUGAUAUGUCAUCAAAACAAUGGCUAGCUAUAUAGUAUAUUAAAAGUAUGUCUAGGCAAAUCAUUCUGGACUUUAUUUUUAAAAAAAGAGAAAAGAGAAUACAUAUAUUUUAGUACAUACCACAGGAUUAUCCCAGUUUUAAAGGAGGUCCUGAAAGCUGAAUCUAAAAAAAAAAGAGAUGACUGUGCCCCUUAUCAUAGAAUUUGAUGUCAUCAUAUGAAUAAUCAGGCCUUUUUCACAUAAAUGAGUUAAAGAACCUGUAACUUUUAUGCAUGGAAGUAGAAGAAUGUGAGAAUCUUGCUACAGCUCUGCUACACAAGGUAGGCAGUUGCAGGGAAAUGCCUUCCCUUUGCAGAUAUUAAAGGUAUCAGCAGAUCAAUGAAAAUAAAAAUAUGUGUUUGUGCAUGUCACGGCACCAGUGUAUAGUAGUUUGUUUUUUUUCUUUUCACAAGGCAGAAUGGCUCAAUCAAUGGACAAAGUGACAAAUGUGAAAGCCAGCAGCUUUGGCCUGUGCCACUGACAUAUUUUAGAGAUGUGGGCAAGUCGCUAAUUAGACUCUGAUUCUGCUUGAGAAUUAGAUACUUCUGGAGCCUCUGGGCAUUAGGGAGUCAACUCCCCCUUACAGAGUCAGCUAGCACCUUGUAGUAUUGGGAUGAGUCACCCCAUCAGUAAAGAUGGGGUAAUACUUUCGUACCUACCUCACAGGGGUGUUGUGAGGAAUAGUUUUAUGUUUGUACAGUGUUUCAAAGAUGGAAAAUGCUUGGUAUUAUCGCUGAUUUUAGAGAGUUUACAGUACAUGUACUAUUUAUUAUUUUUACUCCAGUAGUACCUAUGGGCUCCAGUCAGGACUGAGAGGCCUUAUCCUAUAUGUUGUACACUCACCUACUUGGGAUUGAUACAAAAUUUUACUCUAGUAACAUUUUCCAAUGGAGGUAUUUCAUUGUCAAGUAUAUAUUUGAUUACUAUAGUGGGUUUAAUUCAAUUAUUUAGGUAUUCAAAUUAAUUAUUGGGUUUAGACCACAGCAGAGAAUUAUGAUAUCAUGUUUUGUUUUGAGCUUGUAUUGAUUUUCAGAAAAAGUGCACCAAUUUUCUAUGGAUAAUCUAGAAUCAAAUCUUGCUAUCAGUGGAAUUCUACUGUACUUUUUGCUAUUAAAGCUAAACAUUAAAAUAAAUGUGUGUGUAUAUAUUAUUAUACACCAAUUUAUAAUAUACAUGUACUUAUAUAUGUUUUAAAUUUCUUUAGCUGCUUAGAAUUAAUUUCAAACUCUGUUUUGCAUAAUUUGCUCAAGCAUUAUUCAUUUCAGAUGCAACUGAAACAUCAUGAAAUGGUGUUGGCCCUCAGUAAAGACACAAAAACUGGAAAUAAUGACAACAAAAGUCACAUUGUCACUAUGAUGAUAUUUAUGAAGGCUUGUGAGGGAAGCUUCUAAGUCUCAAAUGUGUUAAAAACCUUCAUAAAGUAAUAAAAAUCUUUAUUUAGGCUAUGUUGAAACAAACUAUUAUAUCAGGAUGAGUCACUUACUGUAUAUAAGUGUGUUAAAAUAAAUAAUUAAAUCAUUCCAAAA